CCCAUAGAGUCUUGUGGCUGCGAUAACUACUCGUACCGGCCGAAAUUCCCGGGAGGCCCAGGAGGAACUCAAAGGAAAAUCAAGAACGUAAAGUGUGGGAGAGGAAGAAGAAGAAUUUAAUACGUGGGAAAAGGACGUGCCAUUGUUCUGUUUUUGGGCAUGAAUGUAAAUCAUUUCAAAUUGUAAUUCAUUUCUUAAUGUCAGUUUGCUCAUUUCUUUUCCAAAAAUUAAACUACUUCAACAUUUGUGACACGUGCAUUAUUUUUACUUCUUUCCUAUUUAUUAAUAAUAUGAUAAUAAAAAGAGCAUUGAAAUUAUUGAAUUUGUCUGACAUUGAAGGAAUAUAA